AUGGGUGGCCCCGUGACAGCUCCUAGAAAACAAACCAAACGUAUUCGCCAAGCAAAGCAGAAAUCGGUGACAUUCACAGGAUGCUGGACCUGCAGGUCUCGGAAGGUCAAAUGUGAUGAGCGUCAAGAAAAUGGGUGUCAAGUUUGCCAGAAAUCCCGCCUGGAAUGCGCCGGCUACGGUGUGAAUCUGUGCUGGAUUACAGAUAAGAAGCGAGAUAUUCAAGGCCUACGACGCAGGCAGGUCAGACUAGAACAAUCCACUUCCCCUAGCAUUUCGGAUGCCGAGAUCAACCGAAUGAUAUCCUCUCUUGACAUAAUCUCAACACCGUCGCGCACAGUCAGUAUAGGGCCCUUUUCAAUAUUCUCCAGCCGGGAACAUGGCGGCAUUGAAUAUCUCGAACCUCACGCUUCUUUGGAGAACAGUCAUCAGACUCAGGACUGUACUUCUGAGAUCGCUCCUAGUCCAGUGGACACAGUUGACUUGUCCAGCGGAGAUUUUGAAAUAAUUACGAAUGACAAUGUCAUUUCUAAUUCAGAAAUCCAUUUCAUAGAUUUCCCCUCAGACUGGGAGUCAGUGAUAGCCAUGAUGGAUACACCGAAUUCUCCAACAUUACCAUACUCGAGAAAAAUGUCACUCACAAUAUAUCCAUCACCAGACAUGGAGCUUUCAAUACCUCUGUUCAAAGAUCACAAUACGUCAAUGCUUAUGUAUCACUACAAAAAUCAUGUCGCGGAGCUCCUACAACCAGUUUUCCAUCCGAGGAACCCUUGGCGCACAACAUAUCUCCCAUUCGCCCUCGAGGGCUGCCCUGAGUUCUGUCUCGUCCAAAAUCCGGUGCCUUCCUCGGAAGUCUCGAUUUCACUAUUCCACAGUAUAUUAUCAUCGGCUGCAUUCCACCUCCGGAACAUCAUGGGUGGUUCACGAGAAUACCACAAACUUGGUCUCCAGCAUCGGGCCAAAGCUUUACAAGCACUCAAGACUGCCCUCAUAACGCCCAAUGACUCCGAGAAAUAUACAGUCUAUCUCACGGCAAUGCUGGCCUUGGUCACAAUCGAUACAAUGACGGGAGAAGAUUCAGAUUUUCCAAUUCAUCUCAAGGGUUGUCGUCAGCUGGAAAGACCAGGCCGUGCGUCCGAUUCACUCAAUGACUCCAGUCGGCAGGUUAGCAGUAUUUGCCAUUUCCUAAGCCUACUGGCUCGAACGACAGCACACGAGCUAGAGCAUAGACAAUGGACAACAGAAGGUCCAUUAUUUGAGCAGCCUUACUUCCACGACGACGACACCAACAUCCAAUACAUGUAUGGGAUUACCCCAUACCUGGGGAAUCUUCUACAAAGGACCUGUCAGGUGGCCGAGUAUUUAGCCUUCUACCAGGGUGCUGAAGUGCCAACAAUCUUGCUGGAGGCAUGCUCGGCAUUAAAGGAUGAAAUCUUUUCGUGGGAUAUAGACUCCGAGUCUUUCCAUCACGUCAUGCUAGAGCAGCCGACGAUGCUUGAGAUAAUACGUUGCCAGGCUCUAUCAUUUCACAGCGCGAUCGCAAUUUUUUAUUAUCGAGCAAUUGAAGACUCCAGCCCGGUGGAUCUUCAGCAGCAAGUAGGGGCAAUUUGGAAGAACCUUUCGCUGGCAGAAGACCUUAAAGAUGUAUACUCAAGUGACGGAAAACGCGCAGCUCCUAUGUCUUGGCCAGCAUUUAUCGCUGCAUGCGAGGCGAUCGAUCGACAACCUUGGGUUGAAUGGUGGGAGCGAGUCCAGAGGUACUCAAUGGGCAAUUUCAAAAGGCAAUGGAAAGUCAUACAGGAAAUCUGGAACAUCAUGGAUUUAGAUGAGAAUGUGCUUAACUGGAGAGAUGCGCUCAAACAAUCGGGCAAGUUGGUCUUGCCUAUCUGA